ACCAAACCUGUAUUACUGUCUAUUCUAUUCUCCAAUGCAACUGCGGUUAUGCUUUGCUGUCAUGGUUGAAACGUACAGCGGCUUCAUGACUAGAAACUUUUUACUGCAGCUCUGCCACAUGCAGCAUUGACCAUCGUGAAAGAGGUAUCGCAAAUGUACAGAUUGAGCUUGUUCGGUUGAAAUGUCUUUAGAGCGCUCAUACCGUUCUUCGAAGCUUUGUUAUAAUGCUUUGCAAUCACUUGGUUAGUUCAAGAAAGAUCGUCACAUGCCUGGUGAUGGCAGUCGGCGUGCCGCACGUGGUACACGAGCAGCCGUGCGUGGAGGGCGUAUCCGCGCCAACACCGGCCGCUAGUCCAGUGCUUUGGCUGUAAUUGAUGGCAUUCGCUUAGCACCAGCUGACUGGUUGUGGCGGCUUAUUUCCGCGACCUGCAAGGGGACAUUCCCAGCUUGUUCAGCCUAUCUAGCCAUAUGAAGCCUCUGACUAAUGACGCUCCGGCAGGCAGCGAUGACAAGUCAAGUCGAAACACUGAGAGCACCCGAGACAAAGUCCAAUCACAGGUGUCCAACCGCCGCCGGACCUCCCGCAUCUCCGAACUUCUGCUCGAGUCCUCCAAUCCCACCAAGCCCGACCAGCUAGAUGACUUCAGUGGCGUGGGCGUCGGCGCGCCGCACCGCCGCACCCUCGACGGCGAUGCGCUGCGAACAGAGUCCUUUGCUGCGGGCUCCGUCUACAGCGCCUGCAACUCCAUGCGGGGGUCCGUGUACGGCGAGUCGGUGGCGGGCGGUAACUCCAUGCGGCGGAGGUCGUCCAUGGGCGGCGGGGCGGCGUCCGGGGCGCACGGCCACUGGCGCAAGCUCAACUCGGCCAUGGUGGUGUCUAAAGCGCUGGCUGGCAGGCCGCGGGGGCAGUUCGGGAGCCGAGCUGCAACCCAGAGCGGCCGACACGACCCGCCGCCCUCCCUGGCCUCACUGUCGGGCAAGGAGGGCGUGCUGGGACUGCUGCGCAUCCUUUGGCAGAACCUCACCGCGCGGCUGGCCAUCCUGCCGGAUACCACAUGGUACCAGGUGUACUGGUUCUACUGGGCGGUUGCCAUCGCGCUGCUGAGCUGCUGGGUGGAGCCCUUCCACAUGGCCUUCCCGGCGGACGGACAGGGGUGGCUGUUAGCUAUAGAAUACUUCAUCAUCGGCACCUUCCUGGUCGACUUCUUCCUCAAGUUCUACAUCGCCUACUACGACCCGGAAACGGGGCUGCUGGUGACGACACAGCCCAAGAUGGGCAUGGCAUACAUCAAGAGCUGGAAGUUCUUCUUAGACCUUUUCGGCUGCUUCCCCUACGACUCCGUCAUGACGUCCAUUGCCAAGCGCUACGGCACCUCCUCGGCCACGCUAGACAGCAUGGAGUGGCUGCGGCUGCUGACGCUGGCUCGCGCCUACCGCAUCUUGGACCUUUUUAACAUGCUGGACUACCGCAUGCUGGUGAGCCAGGGCACGCUGAUGCUGCUCAGGAACUACACCUACGUCUUCUUCACGGCACAUUGGGCCGCCUGCAUCUUCUACCACGUGGCACAGCAGGAAAGCAACUUCGGCCCCGACACCUGGGUGGGCCGCACCGCCGACGCCUUCCCGUCCGCCGUGUACGAGCGCUACAUCCUGGCGCUCUACUACUCGGUCACCAUCUUCACCGCCAUGGGCGAUGCGCGCAUGUUCCCCUUUUCAACCGUCGAGAUAGCGCUCACUAUUGUGUACCUGCUCUUCAACCUCUUCCUGGCGGCCUACAUCAUCGGUACCGUGACGAUUAUGAUGGUGACCGCUGACGAGCACAGCAAGGCCUUCCGCGACAGUGUGAGCCACCUGCACGAAUACAGCCGCGACAACGAGCUACCAGAGCGCCUCUACACCGCUAUGAAGGAGCACCUGGAGGUCCACUUCGACUCGGCGCAGAGCACCGACGACCAGGUCCUCUCCAUCUACCCCACCGCCAUCCGCCGCCGCGUGCUGCGCCACCUCUACCUGCAAUCCAUCAAGGGCUGCUACCUGUUCCAAGGAUGCAAGCAGCGAUUCCUGGAUGCGGUACUUUCCGCGGCGCGAGUCGAGUUGUUCUUGCCGGGAGUUGAGAUCCUAACGGAGGGGGAUAACGUGGUGGAGUUGCUGAUUGUGGUGUUGGGGGAGGUGGCUGUGUCGCAGGGGUCUGCGCGCAUGGGUGCGUUGUAUGGGGGAGGCGGAGGUGGAGGAGGAACGGGCGGGUUGUCAAGUGUGGGGUCGGAGCGAUUUUCGGUUGGAGGGUCGUUCUCGCACCUGAAUGAGAGCAUGCGGCGGGCGUCGUCAGGAGGGCUGUUUUUGGAGGGAGGCGGCGGAGACGCCGGAGGAGGAGGCGUCGGAGGGAAUAAUGGCUCCGCCACUCCGCUGCUGUCGCCGGGCGGCAUCAGCGUGGGCCUCAGCCCCGCCACCGCCAUGAUGCGCGGAGGGGGCGGGCACGUGACCAAGAAGAGCGUGGGAGACUCGCUGUCGGAAAUCACCUUCUUCUCAGACGGCGCCAGCUACGAGACGGUAGUGGGCACAACCCCAGUCCGGGUGCUGAGCCUGCCCAAGGCUGCCUGGGAGCUGCUGGUGCAACAGUUCCCGCAGCAGGCUCGCCACGUGCUCGAGAACGUCCAGCGUGCCGCCGAGUCCGCAGUGGAGGAGAACCUGAAGGCUGCAGGCGCCCGCAGCCAACUCACCGCGGAGCAGCUGCAUGUGGCGCUGUCGCUGGUCAGCGGCACGGGGGGCUUCGCGGAGAGCACCGACCCGCUGCUGCUGGCGCAGACACGAGACGCGCUGACUCACGCGCAGCUGGACAUGAUUACCCGGCUGGACGACAUCCGGGCAGUGGUGUCGGCGCAUGUGCGCAAGUGCGAUGAGAUGCGCACCUUUGAGUUCCUGAACACGGCCGCACAAGGUGACGUGGAGUCGCUGAGCACCAUGCUCAAGCAGGGCAUCAGCGCCAACACAGCCGACUACGACGGGCGCACCGCACUCAUGCUUGCAGCAGCGAAAGGAUUCGAUGGUGCCGUACAACUUUUGCUGGACUCCGGAGCUGACAAGGACAAAGUAGACGCCUUCGGCAUCAGCGCACUCGCGGAGGCCGCCAAGAACGCGCAUGACAGCAUCAUCGAGCUCAUGCUCAGCUACGGCGCAACGCUGGGUGCUGGCGGGCUGACGGUAGCAGCAGAGAUGUGUACGGCGGUGUUUGAGGGCGACCUGGUCAAGCUGCGCCGGCUGCUGCGCUCCGGUGCGCCGCCCGACGCUUGCGACUACGACCAACGCUCGGCGCUGCACAUUGCCGGUGCGGAGGGCAACCUUGAAGCGGUGAAGCUGCUGGUGGAGGAGGGCGGCGCCGACCCCAACUUCCAGGACCGCUGGGGCAACACCACGCUGGAUGAGGCGCGCAGGGUGGGUGCUGAAGACGUGGUGGCGUACUUGGAGGGGCUGCUUCGCGGUGGCGCCGCGAUGUCUUCCGAGAAGAAGCGCCACCAGGAGCAACAUGACUACAUGACCUGGUGCGGGCUGGGGAACGCGGAGCAGCUGAGGCAGGCGGGCGGCUAUGGUUUCGGAGAGGAGGUUGGGUGCGCCUUCACGGGGCUCAUGGUGGCGGCCAGCAAGGGACACACGGAGGCGGUCAAGGUCCUCCUAGCCGGCAUGCCCCCCGGCACCCUGCUCACCCACGCGCACCUAGCCAUGCUGGAGGCGGCGCGCAUGGGCCAUGCAGACACCGUGACCGCCUUCCGUACAGCCGGCGUCAUGCUGCGUGACCCACGGGUCGCUUGCGCGCGGCACCUGCUGUCGGACCUACGUAACGCGGCGCAGCAGGGCAACGGACCCGUGGUGGAGGCGUUGCUGGCUGCGGGGGUGCCUGGGCGCUUGGAACCGGGGUCGGAGUGGACGCAGGUGCAGCAGCCGGCCGAUGCGGCGUCGGCGCUGCAUCUGGCGACUGCACAUUCGCAUCUGGGCGUGGUCCGGCGGCUGCUGGAGCACGGCGGCGCUCUGCCGGACCUCACCACCCCGGACGCUCUGGGUCGCACCCCGCUGCAGCUGGCUGACAUCGCGCUGGCUCAGCAGCCCAGCAGCCUGCGAGCCAAGGCGGUGUGUGACUACCUGGGCUGGGCGGCGGCGGAGGCGGGGCGCGGCGCCGGCAUGCAGCAGCUGGCGGCGGCAGCACUGGAGCGCUGGGGAGCCAUCAGCCAUCAUGGGCAUGGACACAACGAGUCCACGCAGGGCAUGCGGACCCCCACGCCUCCCGCAAUCCUCAAGGAGCGAGACAAGGGCAGCGGCAGCCCCUUGGACUCAUUUCCGGGGGAGCGGCUGCUACUGCCGCAGCGCCCGCCCUCCGAGCAGGCAGCACCCUCGCCGUCACAACCAACCGACGCCAACGGCUCCGACCGCAGCCCCGUCAACCGGCUGGGCGGAACAUCGCUGCGAGCGGGGGCGGUGGUGGGCGAGCCCCAGCCCGAGGAUGCUCAAGAAGACCCCGUUUCUGCCACCGUCGCCACUGCUCGACUGCUUCCCGUGGGUAGCACCGGCAGCGGCGGCGGCGGCAGCGGCGGCGGCGCAGGCCCGCCGGCGGAGGCGGCCGCCCUCAUGGCCUCCUCCGCCGUGGCUGAGGCGUGGGACAACCUGCCCGGGACCCCGGGCGGCUCAACGCGCGGCAGUAGCCUCGCCUUUCAGGCACUCAAGCAGCUGGAUGCCAACGCAGCCGCCGGCGGAGGCGGAGGCGUGGAAGCUGACGCGGCCCUCAUGUACCGCUCCUCCGUACUGCAUUCCGCCGCCCUGCUCAAUGACCCGCCGGCCGCACUCCUGGCCGCCGCUUCAGCUUCCUUGGUGGGCGGGAGGGUGCCGGCAUGUCUCAGUCCCACGGGUCGGCCCAACCGCGGCACAUCGGGCAACCUCAGCAGCCCACGCCUCGUGUUGCCUCCGCCAUCCAGCUCGGGCGCAUGGCCGCUUGCGGGCGUGCCUGAGGGCUCCGUGGGCCCUCCAGCUGCUGCGGCGCCCUUCCGGCUCGACCGAGUCCCCAGCAGCAACCGAGUUCACGCGACCAGUCUGAACGGGGGUGCUAGUGCUUUCAUGCAAGCUGGGGGUCUGCAGGAGAGCGCCUUUGGCGCGGGAACGUGGAUUGUAGACGGUAUCGCAGGAUAUGGCGGCGGGCGUGGCGGAGGCGGAGGCGGCGUCGGAGGCGCCGCCGCUGGUGGCAGCGUUGGUGGCGGCAACCGCCGUGCUUUGGGCUCCGUACAAUCACUGAUCGUGCCUCGCUGCACGCCUAGCAACCCCACCCUGCGACCUUCCAGAUCAGGUGUACGACUGAAUGAGCCGGAUGCAGUAGAGCGCGAGGUGGGGGCGUUUGUGCGCGCGCCUGCUGGCAGCGUCGGCGGCGGAGAUAGCGGAGGCAUCGUCCUGGCCUCCGGCGCUGACGUCGUGUACGGCGGGAUGGCGGCUGUGCCUUCGCAGCGUGUGCGGUUAAGUCGUGGCGGUGGCGGCGGUAGCGGAGGCGGCGCAACCCGCUUAAGCAGCAACGGGAGGGAGGUAUUGAGCACGGCGGGAACCAACUCCCCGGCCACGAUCACGGGCGUUCGGCUGUCCUUGGCGGAUGCCUCGCUCACACCUCCGCUGUCUCCGCUGUCUCCACUCAGGUAGCUGGCGUGAAAGGUUUGAUGCAUGCCGGUAUGUUUGUCCUGACGUGCGGGGCAUGUCCUGGUGACGUGCGGUGACGAGAGCGGUCUUGCGCCGCACGUGUUCUGUCUAGCAUAUGCGAGAUGGUUGACUUGGGUGUGUGAGGUACUGAGAAGGUGAAAAGCCUGGCGAGCUUCCCAGGCAGCUCAAAGCCGGUUGCCCAACACCUGGGAGUAGCAGCUGCUAGGGUUGGGACACGUGUGACAUGAAAGUGUUGUUAAAGCGUCGAGGCAUUAAAAGUGUUGACGUUGCCUUUUGACACGUUGGUUGCGGUAUUGGUGGUGGAAUUGGUGGGGUUGCCUUGGCGCCGGUGUUGGUAGUGACGAUGGCGACGGUGGUGACGGUAUUGCUUGGUAGUGUUGGUUGCGGUCAUGCAGGUCCGGUGCCGUUGUGGAGCGAGGAGCCCCUUUUCCGGCAGGCCAGCUGGCGUGCGUGAUGAGGGCUCGUGAGCAGAUAGGGACGAGGCCAGGAGCGCGCGAGACAAGCGAAAUGGGAGUCCGCGGUUGUGUGUGACCCGGUCGGCCCAUCCUCUUCUGUUACGCACCGGUGCGUGUCCGCGUCUUUGUGGUUGCACGGCACGUUCGCCCUCGCUUGCUUGAGUCGAAACGGAAAGGUGGUUUACUUUCAUGUCUGGGUCUGCAGGUACAGUACUUGGCAGCAUCGGUACGCGUGGUGUAUUGCUUCUCAUGUCCUUGCGUUGUCACUUGCCUUGUUGCCAAAUGAUAGCGUGUGUGCAUGUGUGCUCUCCUACUUAACCCGGCAGACGUCUGCCGAGUGUUCUAUAGCAGUUAACGCAUCAAGGAACAGAGACGAUUGUGGUGGUGGUGGUGGCCAUCUUGGCCCCAGAUGCUUGACCGCAAUGGGCUUCAUCUUAAGUUUGGCGCAGGUCGUUUACACAAUAGUCGUACACAAGGGGGCAUGAAAAAGCCAAUGAAGCGUGGGGUUUAAUACGAAGCCUCACCAGCCUCUGGGGGCCCUACCUGGGUAUGUUUUGCAUGGGCCAUUCGGGUCCGAUUUCCUGUCAUAUUUGGGGGUUAGCGGUUGGAGCUGAUGUUGGGCUGCCAGCAGCCUCACAUGCCCUCUUAAUUACCGGUAUCGUUGGUAUUGUCAUGAUGUGGUUUGAUAUGGUUGGAGCAAGGAAGAAACCUAGUUCGGAACCCCUAUCUGGGAUUGGGGCCAUGAACGCUUGCGUGCAAUCGGCACUGCGAGGUCGGUGCGCCUUAUGCAUGUGCAUGUACGUCGGGUGGGUGGGUAGGUGCGGCCGGGCGAGCUGCUGGUUGCGUGGCUCGCUGGGUUUCUUACCGAAAUCGUCCAAAUCAUCACAAAGUUGAUCGAGGAGCUGUAGUGCCCAAUUAUAAGUUACCUAGUCGUAACGGCCAUCUUACUAGGCGAGUAUGGUCAGCUUUCCCGCCGCAAUUGUAAGCAUUUGGGCGUGCAUCCUAAGCUACACACCUGUCCAUUGUCGCAACCAUCAUAUGUUCACAGUUCCAGUUACAGUUUGUACGCGUGUACAGUGUGUCCGUACGAGCCAGGGGGGCCAUGGACACUACCGG